CUUUAUUCACCAGCCUUUAGAAUUAUGUUCCUUGUUGGAACACGUCCGUCCUCAUUUUUGGAUGUAUAUCACUGUAGUAUUGCACGCGAUGUUGUGAAACAUUUUUAUUUUUGAGAGCAAAUCAGGAAGUAUGAAAAAAUCACACUGGUAAAUCGACAUAUACAACAACAAUAUUGCCACUUUUAACACACACAUUUACGAGAAUAGUCGGGAUAAACAUCGUGGAUCAAGAUGACAAUUUAAGUUAAGGAAACGGUUUUAUGAAUUUCGUCUGAAGUUGGAGGAUCCUUUCAAACAGUGUAUCCGUGUGUUAAGGCUGGAUGCAUAUAACAAUUUAAAAUGAAACCUCUGAAAUGUGUAUUAGUAGGCGAUGGGAAUGUUGGAAAGACAUCCUUAAUGAAGACUUAUAAAGACAAAUGUUUUCCCGGGGCCUACCUUGCGACCAUGUCCGACAGCAUCAACGUAACGAUGCAGGUGGACGAAAAGAACCACGAUCUCACGGUUUACGAUACGGCGGGCCAAGAAGCGUACGACAGGCUACGACCGCUGACUUACCCAGAUACGGAUGUGAUUGUCAUGUGUUUCUCAUUGGUUUCCAAAGACUCGUAUGACAGUAUAAGAGAUAAGUGGUUGGCAGAAGUAAAACAGUAUUGCCGGGACAUUCCUAUCGUCUUGGUCGGCACAAAACUAGAUAUGCGCAGUGGAAACAGCAAGAAAGACUUCGCCAUUAUGAACGGUGACCGCGAUUCGACGAUAGCAUUUAAUACGAUCAGUCAAGAACAAGGUCAUUGGCUUAAAAAAGAAGUAGGUGCCCGGUUUUACGUUGAAUGUUCCGCCAAAACGCAGACGUCAACCAGAGACGUUUUUGAAAGUGCAAUUAUGGCUGCUAUAAACCCAACUAAGCGGAAACAGAGAAGAAAUGGUUGCACUAUUUUGUGAUGUUGACUUAAGUUGCUCUACGUGAAGUUAAACACUUUAUAUACAAGAAUUCGUGAGUGGAUGCUAUGACGAUUAAUUGAUAGUACUUGUUCGACCAUGUAUUACUUUACUGUUUUAAUACACUAAAGGAAAAAAAAUGUCUUUGAGACAUUUGAAGAACAUUAGGCAUUUUUUUGCUGUGACGUACAUUUGAUUUACGAAGCUUACAUGUUCACAUUUUAAAAUCAAUCGGCUCAUUUAUGACGAUGAUAAAAUGAAUCGAAUUUGUAUCUUACUGUUACUUUAACAACACUAAAAGUGUGUCCAAAGUAAAAGAUUUUCUUAUUCCCUGCAAACAGAUCGUGUCCUUUUCUAGUUUAACCCAUUUAAGCCUAGUGGACUCUCCCUUCCUUCUAAAUUGGAUCCAUUUAUUUCCAAAAUUAGGAAUGUCUAGUACAUUUAUUUCUAUAUUUAGAAUAUUUCUUACAGAAAUUCCUUAAGCAAACAGCGCAGACCCUGAUGAAACGCCGCAUCAUGCGGCGUCUCAUCUGGGUCUACGCUGUUUGCCAGGCCUUUUUUCUAGACGCUAGGCAUAAAUGGGUUAAAAUGUGUGAUUUUCAUCAAAAAAUUUUUUUUUUUGUAUUUAUUAUGCAAAUAUUGCUAUCUAACCUCCACUGAUAUUGAACAAAAGCGUUUGUAACGUGACGUUGCUUGUUUGAAUGAUUUUAUUAUGUAUAUAGUGUACAUCUAAAAUGUGUAUUGAAGUGUCAUACUUAGAUUAAAGAAAACUAUCAUGGCCAUAGAAAUGUACUCUUGGUAACCAUACAAAUAUUAAUUGUUGUUUUCUUGUUUUCUUAAAGUAAAAUAUAGAUUUAGUUAUAUACGAAUACUGGGUAAUUAAUAAUAAAAAGUUAACCAGGGAAA